GACAGGGGAGGGUGCACACAGUAUAUCAGUUUUGCCGCACGAUAUCUGCACUGGAUGCUGUUCUAGAAAUUCUACCAAAGGUCCUACCAAAGAAGAAGAAGAAGAAGAAGACAAGAUGGAGGGAAAGGCCCAUGAAGGCAACGCAGGUUGCAGCUUUCCCAUGCAGAAGAUGGCAGAGGCUGAGGAUGUCGAGGCCUACUUUUCUGCCUUUGAACAUACAGCCAUGAUAGAAGAACGGCCAAAGGAGCAGUGGGCAGCUUUGCUUUUACCCCUACUAACUGGAGAAGCACUUGCAGCCUACAAAGAUCUACAGGCUGAUGCUAAACAGGAUUAUGAGAAGCUGAAGACUGAGAUCCUCAACUGUUUAGGAAUCAAAUCCUCAGUAAAUGAUGAAUGUACAAUGGAUGAUUGGUCCUACCAAUGGGAGAAGCCCCCUCACUCACAGAUCUACAGUCUCAUUCAUCUGACUAGAAAGUGGCUCAAACCAGAUUCCUCGUCUGUGUCUCAAGUUGUGGACCGUCUAGUUCUACAUCAGUUCCAGAAGGCCCUGCCUACCACUGUCAAAAGCUCCAUCCACCAAAUAGAUCCCAAAAACGUUAAAGAGCUUAUUGCUUUGUUGGAAAAAGAACCUCUCAGAUAUAAUGUAGCACUCAAGGCUGAUAAACCCAAUAUACCAGGUAAGCCAUUCUGAGAUUCUAGCUAUCUGUAUAACAGAACA